CAUUGUCGUCUCCUCCGCAAAGCCCUAGAGCCGUCUCGCCCAUUUACACGACACCAGAUAAUAGAGUUUGGAUCGAACCUUCGAUAGAAGCUUCUCUAGCGGUGGCUAUGGAGGACUCGGCCAUGGUCGUCAAGUCGCUCUUUGUCUACCCAGUCAAGUCGUGCAAAGGGAUCGAGAUUGACGCUGCCGCGAUCUGCCCGACUGGAUUUCGAUGGGAUAGGCACUGGCUUGUUGUCAAUGACAGAGGAAGGAUGCUCACCCAAAGAGUGGAGCCAAAGCUUGCUUUGAUCCAGCCAAUUAUGCCUCCCGAGCUUUUCACUGCUCCUCUACAGUCUCUACCAGCGAAUUCUUCAGUGUGUAAGCAGAAGGAGCACAAGAAAAAAAGAACUUACUCUUUCUUCUUCGUAGCAUUCCAAGCCCCGGGAAUGGAGACCACGCUUCAAGUCCCUUUGUUUGGCAGCAAAGAGAAAGUCCAUGCUUCGGUGUGGGAGUGGUCUGGCGUAGCACUGGACGAGGGAACAGCAGCACACAAGUGGUUCUCCGCUUAUCUUGGAAGAACUUGCCACCUUGUGCGUCUAGAUCCUGCUGCGAUGGAGCGACCGACUGAUACCGAGUAUGCUGACGGAUACAAAGCCUCCUUCACCGAUGGUUUUCCAUUUCUCGUUGCUUCCCAGGCUUCUCUUGACGCUGUGAACAAGCGCUUGCGGAAUCAACUUCCUAUGAAUCGGUUCAGGCCAAAUAUAAUCGUCGAGGGCUGCGAACCCUUCGCAGAGGAUACCUGGCGGACGUUUAAGAUCAAAGACCUGACCUUUCACGGAGUAAAGCUUUGUUCCAGAUGCAAGAUACCUACAAUCAACCAAGAGACAACCGAGAUGGGAGCCGAGCCGACCUUGACACUCAUGGAGUUCCGCAAGGGAGAGAUGCUAUGCGCUGUUCAAUCUGUGAAAAACAAGGUUUUCUUCGGCCAAAACGCUGUUUGCGUGGAGUCCAUGGCGAAGAAGAACGAGUUAGUUCGUGUUGGAGAUCCAGUUCGAGUGGAGGAAACUUUGCAAGUCCCAUCUGUGUGAAGUUGUGAAAAAAAUACCAUUUGAACAAAACGUUACACAAAACUUGGAAUUCCA